AUUGCUAAGACUUGGACUAGCACUGGAGCACAAGGGGUUAAUCGCUGCUUAAUGAGCUAUUGUGGUAGUGACAUCAUUAUGCUGAGAGCUUUAUACUACUAAUAAUAAUAAUAAUAUGUCUGUGCUGAUCUGCUGGGUGUCUGACCCUCAAACAUCAUCAUCAUUCUGCUAGAGGGGUCAGGGAACUUAAUUUAGCUUCUAAAGAAGGGAAGAAUAAAUAUGGAGACCAAACAAAAAGAGGCAGUGUCAAAAGGGGAUUCUUGUGCAUCAAUACAGAGGAUUUCCAGAAGGACAACCAACUGGGAGAUAUCGGAUUCUGAGAAUGAGGAGGAGCCGCAUAAUGUCCAAACAGAGGAGAACAAGAGUCUUAGCAUCAAGUUAGAAACCGUAGAAAGAGAAACUGAUUAUGACCAAGGACUAAAUUCCUCCAUCAAAGCCACUGUGUCCUCUGCUGGAGGCCAUGCAUCUGUCUUGGCCAUACCACUUCCAGUUUCCACCACUCCUAGCCCAAGCAAGGGUUCAAGGAAGAAGAAAAGUCUAGAGGAACUGGAGACCGAACGGGAACACGCUGAUAAGAGAAGAAGGGAAAGGGAGCUCAAAAAGCAGGAAAAAGAAAGGAAAAAGGAUCUUCAAAAGUCGGAGAGAGAGUUACAGAGAAAAGAAAAAGAGAAGAAAAAAGAUUUGGAAAAGACGGAGAUGCAGAAGCGAAAAGAACACGCAUCAGCUAUGAAGCUUCUGAGACCGGAUCAGUGUGUGAAGUACGUGACCAUACAGGUGGAUACGCGUAUUCUUGAAGAUGCCGGUUCUGAAGAUCUGUGUGAAGCCUUUCAAUCCUCUGGGUAUAAUUAUUCAAUUGAGCCUCACGCUGUACCUCGGAGCUUCACAUGGAGAAGAGAAAUGCCCUUAGGCUGGACCUGUGUAGAGGGAGUUGAGUUGCAACAGGGAGAAGAAGAUGAGUUGAUCCUUUUGGUAGAGCCGAAUGAUUUCUUGAGAAACAUCAGAUCUUUUGCUCAGGUACCGAGAAGCUCUCGCAUUGGUCAACAGAGCAGGGAGACCAUAGAGUCUGUUUUUGGAAUUUCAGCUCAACUGUCUGAAAAGAAAGUUACCGUAGUGGUCUUGGGAUUCCAUGAUUACCGAUUGUGUCAGAAGUUGUCCCAUCACAUGGAGUCUUUAGGGCAGGCAGAGGAAUAUGGCAGCGAAAGAAGCAGAUCAGAUAAUUAUGUGAGCAGACAUCAGAUUGCAGAGGCUCUGGUCUACGUACAGCUUUUCUUCAACACUGAAGUCUUAUUUCUGGAUACGUGGAAGGAGCUGGGGCAGCACGUGUGUGCAGUGACUAAAAGCCUAGCCCAGCGCCCAUAUCGGAAUCAUUGUGAAGCCCAGACAUUCUCCUUCUGCACCUCAGUAGGGAGCUGGCGAGGCUGGGGCCCUAAAGGCUCUAUCUCAGGUUUGCCUUUGACAUGGAGAAGACAGAUCCAGCAGUUGAACAGAGUCAGCCCAGCAAUGGCGGCAGCAGUGGCACAAGCCUACCCGUCUCCGCAGCUGCUCCUGCAGGCGUACGCAGCCUGUAACACAGAACGUGAGCGAAUGCUUCUCCUCGCUGACCUACAAAUCCCACGAGAAUGUGACCCAGGGACAGGAGAGGACAGCGAGGAGCACUGCAGAGACGAUGACCGCGACAAGAAGAGGCGCAUCGGCCCGGACUUGUCUCGCCGCGUUUGGUUGUGUAUGACGAGUACAAACCCAGAGCUUGUGUUGGAUCUCAGCUCUUCAUAGAGGGUUGUUUUAAAGGGACAUCGACAUGAUUCCUUAAGUUAUGAUAUCACUUCCUGUCCUUGCACACUGAACACGACUUCCUGUUUAUUGUUUAUAAUAACACAAUGUUCUUUUAAAUAUAAAUUAUAACCUCA